CUCGAGACGUAGCCGAGGCUUAUAGUGUUACAAUCUGGAACAACACAUGGGAACAUACCCAGACACUGUAAGCUCUUCUAAACCGGUGUCUUGUGGACUACACACUCUCAACCUGAAGCACACCCCAGGGAUUGUGCCAUGAUGGACAACGAUGUCAACCAACGUAGAGUGGCCGUGUUCCACCUCAUAUACGUGUACUCUCUGGAUGUGUACUCCCACUGGGUCCCACACUUACUCCGCUUGACCUUUGAGUACUUCAUCUUAUUUACAGCACUCCUCACACUGUGUGUUUGGGGCUACGUCCACAACACGUACAUCAUUCACCCGACUGAUUGCCUCGCUGACAUAACACAGCGCCCAUUUCCCGCUGACGUCAUACUUCAAGUGGAGGUGUAUUCGAAUCAUUCGUACUUGUGGGAGGCACGAAACAGGGCACUACAAGAAUUCAUAAUCAUGAGACAGAAGGAACAAGAUGCGUAUCGUCAUGGCAACGAGACGGAGGGUGGUUCGGACGCAAUUGAAGUUUUAGAGAACAGAGCAUGGACGAAUUAUUGCAAUUAUUCUCUAAUGGAGUUGUUGUACGUGCAGCCAGUGUGUGAGGCAGUGGUGGAGAGGAUUGAAGAGGGAUGGAAGGACCUCAAGGAUGAGUGGCUGGAGCAAAAGGUCAACAAUACUCACGAGGGAUCUUCUGGUGUAAUGGAGGAAGAUUUAGACAGCGGCGGCGGUGAUGAUUUGAACAGUAAUGGAACUGACAGUGAAGACAGUAGUAGAGAUCCACUGAGCCUGAAUAUUGGUGAAGAUACGGCAAGUCCAAGUGGAGAUAUUUCAAGUACUACUACUACUACUACUGAUGAUGAUAAUGGAGAGGUAGCUGCAAGCACUGAUGAAGCUAGUAGCCUCAAUAUUGCUGACUCAGCAUCUAUAGGAAGUCAGAAUGACGACAAAAAUGAUCUCGAGACAGAUACUGAUAUCCGCCAGCCAUCUGAGAGUGGCGUUGGCAUGACAACCAUGCCACAGGAUGAUCUAGAACUACUGGCUGCCCUCGUGGCUGAGAACAAGACACUCUACGAGCUCAUUGACUUCUACACACUCAAGCUACUGGCUCUGGACUAUUCUCUGUUAGAGUUCACUCGUGAGACUGGUUACCUCAGCCUCACCUCGGCCACCAGAGCAAGGCUAAACAUCUCAGUGGUCAAGAUCUAUGUUGAUCCUGACAAGACUAACUGUUUUGGGGGGCGGUUUGGUAAGGUCCUCACCAAGUACUUCCUCGGUUACGAAGUGAUGAUUAUAUCAAGCUUCAAGAAUCUGUUGCCAGAGAAAGUUGGCUCGGGUUAUGUGAAGGACCUGCUCACUGGUAGUCAGUACUACUACAAGGUUCAGUGGAUGGGCAAGUGGCGCUACCUUGCCGGUGUUCUACCAGCCAUGUUCUUUACGCUGGUAGCCUCUGUCCUAUUGAGACAAGUCCACUACCAUGUCUUCAAGUUCCUCACACAUUUCCGUAACCUGCUCAACCAAGGGAUCCCCAUGCCAGUUCAGACCGGAGCUCAGAUCCCUUUCCUCAUUGUCACCUACGCUGCAAUAGGUCUCAUCAUAGUCAUGAGUGAGGCCCUGAGUGAUGACAGUAUGUUCUCAGUGCUCAUGGUUGCCACGGUGUGGGAGGUGGACCAGUUCUACUCAAUCUACUGUCGUCAAGACACCUCCAAGAUGUAUUUUCCCUGGUUUUUCUUUCUAUAUCACUUUCUGCCGUAUGCGUACUUUGUCCGGUUCAACGGUCAAUUUUGGUUCCUCCCGUUCCUGUUCCACUGGCUCAUGACUCAGCAUGCGAUGCUAUUCUUCAUCAAUCAUUUCGAGCUCCCCAUGAAUCGGCAAAGGAGAGGACAUCAAAUAAAUGUUCGGCUCCCCCACGCUCCCGUUGUCCUCCCUCAUUUCUUAGGUUUACAGCCGGAGCUGAUACCGGCUCAGCAAGUUAUGAGGUUCAACGUGCGAUUUAGAGGCCAGCAGCCCAACGUUGAGGUACAACAUAUCGUUGGAAAUGCCCCAGGCAAUCCACCACCCCCACCUCAAGACGGGGCUAAUCAACCAGAGCCUCCAAUUAUACCCCAGGAGAACACUAACGUACGGGAUGAUUCGGCUACUCGCCUACCGACUAGCCAAGCAACUGCUCGCACUGAGGAGGGCACGCUACGAAGAAGGAAUGUGUCCGCAGUUGUGGACGAGGCUACUUUAGCGGAAGAGGUGGAUCCGAGGGGACCGUCGGAGUUCGUUAGUGGGAGCUCUAUAACUGUACCCGCAAGAAGACAUGCCAACGAUUUAACAAACUGUCAAGACCCAGGGGACGAUCUAUUGCCGUCUCAAUCGACAUUACGACAGGAAGCUUUUACGAGGGAGAAUAUUCGAGCUGCAAGAUUGAGUCGUUUUGAGAGAACUAGUGUCGAAGAGGACCUUAAUUCACCGUAUAUAGAUCAAUGAGAUUGUUGUACGUACAAUUCCUCAAUUCAUUAGCCAUCUCGUGAAUUUUGUAUCAUUGUCACAAUUUACUGUAUUUGUGUUUCCUCUAUAUUAGCUGCUAUACUCUGCAAUUUAUUAUUAUCUGAUGAUGCACUGUAUGUAUAAA